GCGAUAUCUCCACAGCUCAAAGUUGACUGGCAUUACUCCAAGUGAGGCACUCACGUGAACACUGGAUUCUGUCUCUAACUGUGAAUCAGCUUUUGUGGAUGAACCACUCUCAAGAGAGCAAAUGGUGCGACUUAGAGAAAAGUGGUUAUAUAUCGUAUCGCAGUAUGAAAUCCACAAAGUUCAAUUUGAGGAAAAUAAAGACGCGACUUUCCAGGUCUUAUACAGGGCACUGAGGAUCAGGGGAUUGGCCAUUGCCCAACUCUCUCUCGAUGAUCUCGAUGAGAAAACCCAAGAGUUCUGCAUAAAUGCCCUCGCGGAGCGGGGAGAGCUCAUGGAUUCCAUGGAGAGCGAGUUUUCCCAUUGGAAUGAUCGCCUUGAAACACGCAAUACAGCAAUCACUCUUGCGAAGCAAAUUGUUGAGGAGUUGGGCGAUAACAUCCGUCGCCAUGAUGAAGCGGUGGAACACGGCCCUGUUGCUGGCGUUUAACAUCUCUCAACCUGAUCCAGGGGAUCGCAUAUCCGAAUCUUCCAAGAUUCAAAGGCUUGGAACCACCUCUUCGUGGAGCUUUUACAUUUUUCAAGCG